CAUAACAUACGGAAGUUUAUCCAUGCCGGAAUUUUCACCGAGCAACAAUAAACGUAUAUAACCGUGUCAGGGCAUCGGAUACCCAGUGUAUUGUAUCAUAUCUAUAUAUUUUCUUUUAUUUCAACUCGAGAAGGAAUGAGGAGUCAGUUGGGGUUUCGUCAUAAAGCCGUGCGGCUCGUCAGUUCUGUUGAUUGAAAAUGUGAGAAAAAUUUCCACUCAAAAGUGUCAAUUUUCGAGUUUUAACAAUUUUUCCUGUCAAAAAUCGAGAAUUCAGGGGAAAGUGGGUGUACUCCCGUUAUUUUUUCACUCUCUCGCGUCCCAAAAUAUAUGAAAAAUCGUGUGAAAACAUUGGAGGAGGUGCACCGGUAGAUUUAUCACUAAUUCUUCGUCAUUUCGGAGCGGAAGGUGAAAAAACAACAUUUUAAAAAUUUGGAAAAUUAACUUUAGAGUUUUGUGAAUGGAAAAACUAUCAUGAUUACUCACAAAAAGACAUGUGAUACUGCGAGGGAAUCUCGGAAAUGCUUGGAUGAUAUUUGAGCCCAAUCUCAUCCCAAAAACACUUUUCGAACAAUUUUUUCUGAGAAAAAAAAUUUGCGGAUGUGGAAAGGGGGCAUGUGAUCAGGUGGAUUUAGUGUUGAACAAUUUUUUUGGACGAUUGCAAGUGCAAUAGAGUUACGAUGAAUGGGUUUAGCACGGGUGAGGAGGAUUCUCGUGGUGCAGCUGAUCAGAUAUGCUGUUUAGUUGAUGACGGCGAGAGGUGUACAAGGGCAGCUGGAAAUGCAUCGUACAGUAAAAGAAUAUCAAAGACAGUGACUCAGAGGCGUCUUAAGUUAAAUACUGAUCCUGGGGUACGUCAUACCUAUAUCUGUGAUUACCAUAAACAAGUGAUUCAGUGUGCUCGGUCGAAACAACAGCAGCAGAGAAGGCGGAAAGACUCCGAGGAAGACUCUGGUGAGACGGACAAUGAUCUCCCUGAAGUGGAUCUAUUUCAGCUUCAAGUUGGAACUUUGAGGAGAUACAAGAAGCAUUUCAAGGUCUCGACGAGACCUGGACUCAACAAAGCACAACUAGCUGAUACAUUAAUGAAACACUUCAAAACAAUUCCCGUAGCCGAGAAAGAGGCCCUGAGUAUUUUCUUUUACACUGUCAAGACAAAUGCCAACAAACUCGACCAAAAAAAUGGCCUCAGCAAUGACGCAACGUAACCAAUACUCCCAGUGUUACAAUUAAAUUCAUCCCCAUCAAUGACAUAAUUAACUAGAUUUUUAUUAUUAUUUUAACGUUUAUUUUUCUUCUUCCUCAGAGAGAUAAUGAUUGAAUCAUGUUCGAAUGAUUAUACAAAACAUUGCGAAUUUACUUGAGAGAAUUUUUUAAAUUGUUGAUAGAGGGCGGUAUAUUUUAUAAGAAUUAAUUAUAAAAAUCAAUUGAAAAUUAUAUCAUACAUUAUUUCAAGACUUAUACAAAUUUUCUGUAUUUAUUGGAUAUUCUUUCUUUAUUCGUUUUUUGAUAUUUUUCCAUCAGAGUAAGUCACUCGUUGAGACUGUGCACGUGGUCUCCUCUUCACUGUCACUCAGUUCUAGAUGAAUGAAACAUGAGAAAAUUUAUUUCAGAAUAAUUGAAUAAACAUUUUUAUGAAAAUUA